GAGGGUGGAAUCCUGCCCGCAGUGGAGCGGUAAACAACAGUAUCAACCUGGAUCGGCUUACAGACUAGCAAGCCUCACAAGAGCCUGCGAGCGAAGGUGUGCAUGCUGACAGAGUCUCAAUUGGACUCGGAUGUUGGUGAUUCACUUUGGAAGGAAUCAGUGCCCGUCGCAUCCUGGGUUGAUAUGCAGCACUGCAUCCAAUUCUCUUCCUUUUGUUCGGCCGAGCGACCAAGCGAAGGAUACCGUAGGCAAAAGGCACAAGAAAGAACACCUGAAACGCCUGAAACGUGGGCAAAACGAUUUCCUCUUGCAGGAUUUGCAAGGUCCAUUACCCAAAGUCCAAGAGUUUCCAAGGUGUCAAUUUUCGUCAUUGACACAGCUCCUACAAUGAACUCAAUCUCUGGUGAAUCCGAGUUGCUCAAUGACUUCAAUCUCCCAACUGGAGGACAUGAUUGAGGAAUGCACAGGCAUUGAGGAAUCCAUGCUUAAUUGCAUCUCAUCAUGAUAGCCUAGUAGGCACUUGAAUUGAGGGACUUCACAAUCCGGAUUGAACAAAAGCAAGAGCUUCUGCGAGCCCAAUGCUUGAGAUAACAA